AGAUAGGCGAUGCGGAAAUGAAGAAUGUAAACUUAUAAUAAUAUUUAUGGGAUUCUGAAAAUAUGUCCAAGUAAUAGUCAUUUAACAUUACUUUAUGGCACCUGAGAGCUAAUAAUGCUAGUUUAGCAUAAGGUAUUAAAAAAUGUAUUCUAAAAUAUUCUAUAUAAAUAAAACAUUGCAAAUCAAGUACUGCAUUAAGGAUUUAAAGUUUAUAUAAAUUGGCACCUAUUAUCGAUCAUACUCAAAUUUUCUUCAGGAACAUUUUAGACUUUAGUUUAGUCUUAAAAAGAAACUAAAAACAGUGACAGUUAAGUAUAUGUAAUAUAACAUGGCAGCAAUUAUCAUCAUUAUUAGAAAUAAAGGUUAUGGCUAUUGUAGGUACUUUGGCAUAAAAAAAUUAUCGGAGUAGAAUAGUAGUAGUUAAAUAUUAAAUAUUAAUAAAUAAAUAGAGCAAACUUUAAAUUAAAAAAAUGAAAACUGAGCUUAUCAUCACUACUAGGGUGCUCGGCCUUACUUCUGUAGAUGCAACCUCCGCCUCCACCCCUUUCUCAUUAUAGAAAAAGUAAAUAAACAGUUCCAGUUCACUUAUUCUAUUUCUUUAAUUUGAGUAGGGCAUUGCAAUUAAAAUAUUUGGAUAUUACAUCAUAUGUGGCAGACAAAAUUUUAAUUAUGAACGGCAAAUAUGGUCAUGAACACAACUUUUUAUUUGGAAUUUGUAACAACUUUUCAUUUCCAGGAUUAAAAUUUUUUCGAAGUGGAUGCAUACACCGCGGCGGUGUACCUAGCGAAACCAUCGGCUUUGGCCUGCGUAAACCGCGGCGGUGUACCUAGUGAAAUCGUGGGCUUUGGCCUGGGUACACCGCGGCAAAAAUUUACCAUUGGCCUGGUUUUAAGUUAUACUUUUAGAGAAGGUCUUGUGUGGUCAAGUGGUAGAGUGGACGCUUGACGAUAAUAUAGUUUGAGAUCAAUUCUCAGUAGGGGAUCGAGUUUUUUUCCUCCCAUUUUAGUUUUAAAAUAUUUGUAGCAAUUUAAACAAUUUAAAUAUAUGUUUAAAUAUUAUAUUAAAUACACUUUAUAUAUUUAUUUAUAUAUAUAAGUGUUUCAACAAGUUGUGCCGGCCUUUGACUUUGAAAAUACCGGUAACUUUAGUAAUAAGACUUUAGACAUUUGAAAACAAACUUAAAGUUUCUGAAAGCACAUGUAAUACAUGAUGAUCAAGUAUAGUUAGUGUAUGUCAAUGUAACAUGUAUAACAGAAACAUUAUGAAUACUAAGUGACUGAUAUUCUAUUGUAUUUCAACAUUCUUCGUGUAGUUGAAUAUUUACAUUUUACUUUUACGAACACCCAAAGAAAAACCAGUAUGAAUUAUAUUCAUACCAUAUGAAUAUUAAUGUGCAUGGUCGUAUUUCAACCUUGAACCAUCUUGCUUUCACUAUGCCUUAUGCAUUGGCAAAAUGUACAUACGAUAUCAAAGGUUCAUUCACAACACUCAGUCUGACAGCAAAUCUUUUGAAAACACCUCGAUUUCUGAAACUUGCGGAGCGCUAGCAAACUGUAUAGCAAAGCCAUAGGUCUGCGUUUACCCUUUACAUGACGGAAUUUGUUUCCAGAAUGGCAUGGCAUGUGCUAUUUUCAGGGUAAAACACGACGUUUUCUCACAGAAACCAUUGCACAAUGGGCUUGGGACAGGAUUUGCACUAUGUCAAAGUUUUUGUAUUUGUUGUUGUUGUUUUUUUUUGUUAAGAAAUCGAUCCUUGCCGGGGAGUGGGGGGUGGUGGUGAGUUAUGGGCAGAGGCUUAACCAAAAAGGGGGCAUUCACAAAUCAUGGCUCAGGAUAGGGGUUGUCGACAAAGGACGUCCGCACAACAAACUUACCUUUUGCAUCCCCCCUCCACCAGCAUUUUUUACUAAUGUGUAAUGCCAAUGUAAAACUAAAUCAAUGAUAUUUAAUUAUUGUUAAAAGACUUUCAAAAAUCACUGCAGUGUUUCGUAUUUAUCAUCAUAUUGUUGUUUUGUGUUGACACAUGCUUGGUAUCACAAUGCCUCUGACUACUUUAACUUCACGACUUCAUGAUCAAUGUAUGAGUAAGUGAUUCUCUUCCCGUAGUGUAUUUGUGGCGUAGCCUAAUUAUAUCUUGGUGCUAACAAAAUAGAUUCACUGUCUUCCCAUUCAUUUUUACACCAUGCCCCGAGGGAUCACAUACAAUGUUAUAUUUAUAAUGCCCCCCCCCCACCAAAAAAAAAAAAAAAAAAAAAAAAAAAAAAAAAAAAAAAAAAAAAAAAAAAAAAAAAAAAACAACAAAAAAAACAACAAACUAACAAACAAAAAAAAACAACAAACAACUGGGUGGGGGUGGGCAUGAGAGAAUAAUUUCAAAUUAAGAUUCACAAUCAUAUGAUAAAACUUACAAUUAAUAAAUAUAUUUGUAUUUCAAUAUAUUGGGGGAGGUAGGAAUAAAGUGGUUAACUUUAAAAAUAAAUCAUGGUUUAACAUUACACCCCAGCCCCCUCCCUUCCAAAAAUAAUAAGAAAUGCUUUACAUGCACUUUGCUACAUAAGCGUGGAACUUACUCAAUAUCUUCCCAAUGUAAUAAACGAAUUUUAAAUAAAUAGUUUUCAGUUUCAACACGAGUAUAACAUUAAAUCUACAAGUACCGGUUAGGCCAAAAAGUUAAAGACUCGCAAAGACCAUAGUUUUGCUACUUUAAAUUUAAAUCGCUGCGGUGUACGCAGGCCACAGACGAUGAUUUAGCUAGGUACACCGCCGCGGUGUACGCAGGCCAAAGUCAAUAGUUUCGCUAGGUACACCGCCGCGGUGUACGUAGUGCCGGCCAAAUUUUUUAGCAUUUCUCUCUAUGGUUAUCGAUAAGAUGUCAUCUGAAGAAAUUUAAGAUAAAAUUAUCACUAUCCCUCAAAAAUUAAAUUAAAAACUCAUAUUUUCUGCGCUAACUCCCAUUUCCCAUACAAAUUAAAAAGUAGUCUCCAUUGCUUUACUGAAAUUCCAAAUAGUAUUGUAGUCCAUGAUAGUCAAAGUGUUUAAAUUUAAAGAUAUUAUUUCUUUUAUUUUUCUUUAGCGAUUUUAUCUGAGGUACCAGCCAUAAACCCUCUAUAACAAUGUCUGGGGAAAGUAAAGUCACACUGACAAAUGCCCUAGAAAAUGUCGACUUGCUUGAUGACCUUCCUCUUCCUGACCAGCAGCCAUGUAUUGAGGCUCUCUCUCUGUCAGUUCACUAUCGGGCAAACUUUGAUACCAAUUUUGAAGACAAGAAUGCUUUUGUCAAAAGUGUUGCUAAAUAUAAAGAGCAAGCUACAGUUCAAGCAGAUUUGGUAAUAAAAUAUUUUUAUUUUGUAAAAAAGCAAAGCAUAAACUAAAAUGUAUAUACUGUAUACAAUUCAUGUUUCUGAUAGUUGUAAAGCACAUUUUAUUUUCGAAUGCCAGAAAUCUUAAUGUAAAUAAAUUUAAAAAUUUCAAGUUUGCGUACCAUUAAUCAUGUAGGUCACAUACUAUUAGUAAAUUACAUACACAAUGAACAUUAAUUACAUUUACUGAAGUGGUGGUUAAUUAAGAUUAUUAUUAUUUUUUGAAAAGAUGCUUGUUGACAUAUUAAAGUUAUUAAAAGCAAAGGAAGCAAUUUAUCAUCUUUAGGAAGGGGUUCAAUUGUAAAUGGUGCUAUGAAAUGAUUGAGUCUCUUUGCUCACCAGAAUCUGUUAUUGGAGGAAGGUGAAGAAUAUGCAGUUAUGUUGUACACAUGGAGAUGCUGCUCAAGAGCUAUUCCACAAGUAGGUCUUUGGUUCAUUUAUUUCUUGGCUGAUAAGUGCUGUUUUUUUUAAUAGUGCUCAGCUGCUCACAGAGAUGUAGUGCAUAAAAAUAUGCUAUUCGAGCAGAUACUUUUUCUUUGCAGAAUCGACAAAACAUUUAUAAACGGCAGUGACUCAUUGUCAUUUCUGUUCUUUUUAGGUGAAGAGUAAUGAACAAGAAAACAGAACAGAAAUCUAUCAGAAGACGGUUGAAGUGCUUGAGCCUCAUGUCAACAAGCUGAUGCAGUUUAUGUUUUUUCAGGUUGGAAAUUUAAAAAAAUAUUGUACAAAAUUUUAACAAUACCUUAGAUAGGAAAGUCAUUUAUUUUAUCGUUAAAGUUAGAUAUUUUUAUUUUAACCAAAAGGUUUAUACAUUUCCUAGACUCAUAAUUAGUUUAACAAUACGUUAGAUAGGAAAGUUGUUUAUUUUCUCUUUAAAUCUAGAUAAAUUUAUUUUAACCAAAAGGUUUAUAAAUUACCUAGGCCUAGGCUCAUAUUUAGUUUUAAACUGAUUUGACCCACUGCCUGCUAUUAGAUAUUAAAUUUGUAUUGUUAAAGAAAUAGUUUUUGAACUACAAUUUUUAAGUUAUUUUUAACUAAAACCAAAUCUUAAAAACCUUAUUGUUUACAAAAUUAGAUUUGUUAAGGAAAAAUAUAUGAUGCAGUCCCUUAGAGGCAUGUACCAAAAUGUGGUUCAGCACAUCUGACUUCUGAGUGCAUCUUAUAAUUGGUUUGCCUCACUGGAUCUUGAUGGGCUUAUUCAUUUAGUCUUUGACUGUUUUCAACCACCCACUAACCCUUUAAAAUGAGAUUUUCUGUUGAAGAAACAGGCCGACAUUUGAACAGUACACACCCUCGAACAUUUGCAUUGACAAAAUAACUUAUCUGCGAGUUGCUAGCAUAUUUUUGUUUCUGAUGAAAUGUAAUGAGGGGCAAGUUGCUUGAAAUGAAAUAGCAACAUAGCUGCAGUUUCUGAAUGAGAUUUCAUAUUUUCAUGAUUUUCUUUGGUCUCAUUGUGGACAGAAAUUUAAUUCUUUUAAGGCAUACAUUUCACACUAGGUUCUUAAUGUUAGCUAUGCUUAUCUAUAAUAUGAUUUGUAGAUAGUCUAAAAUUGGUACCGGAGUAAAGAAAUACCAAUUUGGCCAGAAAUUAAAAUAUUCUUAUUUAUUGUAAUGAUUUUUCAGCUUAUUGUUCCUUCAUUGUUUCCCUAUUCUAUCUCAGUAAACUCCCAUCUGAAAGCAAAUGAGGAUCUCCUUUAAUUGAGGAUCUUCUAAGAUGAGAAUCUCAUAAAAUGAGGAUCUCCUUUAAUUGAGGAUCUUCUAAGAUGAGAAUCUCAUAAAAUGAGGAUCUCAUUAACUCCUUUAAUAAUUUUCUGCAGAGUUUAUGAAUUUCUAAGCAAUGUAAAUCUUAGGUUGCGCUUAAAAUGUGUCAACAAAUUUAUUCAAAGAAUUUCUCUAUUCACAUUUAAAAAAAAGAUAAGUUAUCCUACUUAAAAACAAAAGUUCUUCCCCUUUAAAAAGAUUUUAAGUAUUCUUUGAAAUCUGUUUAUCUCUGAUAACUUCUUUUGGCAGAUGUGGUAGCAAGUAUCAUUACUUGAAAUAUGUUACGCCUUCCUUUUUAAAUGGUAGUUUGUGUUAAAUUUUUUCCUUCUUUUUCUGGUAACAAAAUAACUUUUACCAGACAAAUGCUUUCUGUCACAAACUGUAUUCAGAAAAGAGCCAUAGAUCUCUUUUGUGAUGAAGUCAAGAGGCUGUGCCACAAAGAGAAGCGACAGGACUUUGUGUCCGAAGCGUACUUAUUGACACUCGGGAAAUUAAUCAACAUGUUUGCAGAGCUCGAUGAACUGAAGAACAUGAAGGCCAGCGUUCGCAACGACUAUUCAGCCUAUCGGCGGUAAAAUGGAUUUUCGUUAAGCUUCUGUGAUUUGUUACGUGACAUUAUAAAAGCACAGGUUGGCCAUAGGUAAUGAAAUGGAUGUAACAGUACAGUGGCCUCUUCUUUCCAGGAGGCGGUCAUUGUAAUUUUUUUAUAAGAAAUAUUUAUUUUAUUAUAAAUAUUCUGACCAAACCAAUCAUCCGACAGAACAAAAAAUGUUUUUUCACUCAUUUGGAUUCAUAAAAUCUGAAACACCUAAAAGAUAAAGUUGUUAUGACUUGUUCAGAAAAUACCCGUUGCUACUGUCCAACAAUUUUCUUUACCUAAUGCCAAUUUUUGCUAAUGUUUUGUGUAAAAUCCAUGGUAAUAUCUUUGUUUCAGGCUCAAAUGUGUCAACGAUGAAAAGUGUUUGCUAAUACUGUUUGGUCUUAACCUGAUUCUCUUGCAGGCUAGGUCUAUAGAACGGUUCUGCAUGGAAAUCAGGCGUCUAUGCCACAAAGGGGCCAAAAAUGACUUUGUGUCUGAGGCCUAUCUUCUGACCCUAGGCAAAUUACUCAACAUGUUUGCCGUGUUAAAUGAAUUAGCCAACAUGAAAGCCAGUGUGAACAAUGAUUAUUCAGUGUACAAACGGUAACCCCUAAAUUUCUCCAGGGAGACAUGAGGCGCUUAGUUUUUCUUAUCUUCCCAUUCACAUACAUGCUUUCUCGCUAGCCAGAUCUGCCAAUGUGAUGUUGUAAACUUCUUAAUUAUUUUUUAUUGACAAGUGUACAGCACUGAUGACACCUUCUUUAGAAGGGAAUACAAAUUGGCCUAUUACAAAACAAACAAAAGAAAGUUGGUUUUCAUAAAGUUAAGGGAAAUAUUUGUAAAAACAAAAUUGGAAUCACAAUUUUCAUGAAACAAACUUAUAAAAAUAUCUCAAUUUCUUAGUAAAUGUAGGCAUUUACAGUACAGCUGUUGUAAAGCUUUAGAACGAUAAAAAAUAGGAAUAGCCAGAAGUCAUUUAAGCCACUUGAAAGUGUCAGAUUAAUUGAUUGCUUAACACUUUGGCCUAAAUAAUCAUUUUUACAUAACGCUGGAGCAAACUAACUUUCCAUAUUACUAAUUCAUGGUUUUCCUUAAAAGCAAUCCUUCAGGGACAACUAAAAAUAGAUCCAUGUGUUUACACGGUGCAUCAACUACCCCUGUGGUACUACAUCAUACACACUGUAGACUUGCUCAGUUGCUAAUCUGCAUGGGGAAAGUUGCACAUUUGUACAACUACUAUCAUAUCUUGGGCAGUCAUUAGUUGACAGUUAUAGUCCUUGAUCUUUCUGUCCAUAAUCCACUCAUACAUUUCUACAUAAUUAUGAUAAUCUUGGUGUCAGAGUAUUAGCGCCAUCAUCUCUUAUUAUAUAUUCUUUAUGGUCUUUAUAAAUGUUUAUGUUAGGAUUUACCAUAAUUUAUUAUUACAAUUUAAAAUUAUGCUGAGGGAGAAUAAUAACUUGAGCCACCGAUAACAGAUUUCGGCCAGUGUAAAAGAAAAAUUAACUAUGCAUAAUGUAUGUCAUAAUAGAAAAUGAACUCUACGUAAUGUAUGUCAUAAUAGAAACAUUUCUGAGAAUGCAAGAUCUGAUGAAUUCUUCAGCCUCUAGCCACUUAUCACAACAGAGCACUAACCUGUUUUCCUAGAACUCAAUGCUAUUAAGAUAAUUCUGUUGUUUGUCAGAAAAGAUAUGUUGCACCGAUACAUUUUGAAGAUGUUAUUAACCAUGUCAAGCCAAGCACUGUCAGCUUGUAAAUGUUCUCUACGGCUUCAUCUGUUUCAGAACAUUCUGCUCGUCAUCUGGCUUUAAAUGUUCUUCACACGUUAAUAUACACAUCACCCCACUUUUUUUUCUUUCUUUCGUUCACAUCACAUUCAAGAGACUGGUGUUAAUGUCUGAAGAAAAAACAAAACAAAAUGAGACUGACUUUUCCUUUGUCAAUAAAUGUGCUACUUACUUUAUACAUAUUUAUAUCAUUAGUAUUCAGUGGCAAAUAGAAAAAAAUGAUGGAGGCCCAAUGGUAUAAACGAUAGUACGGUACAAUAGACCCACAUCUAUCGUGGACGCACAAUGUUAUAAAUGAUAGUACAGUCGUCCCUCAUCUGUCAUGGAGGUGGUGAAAGGCUUUUCCUAUCUCGGCAGCACACUGUCCCAAAGCACAACCAUCAAUGAUGAGGUUUACCUCCGUAUUACGAGAGCCAGUGUAACCUAUUGAAGAUUGACUAAGAAUGUAUGGACCAGGAGAGGUAUUAACACUCAAACUAAACUGAAGGUAUAUCAGGCGGCUGUUCUCCCUGUGCUUCUCUAUGCCUGUGAAAUGUGGACAGUCUACCAACGCCAUCCAAGAAUGCUGAACCACUUUCAUACAACAAGACUCAGAAAAAUCCUCAACAUUAAAUGGCAGGACAGGGUCCCAGACACUGAGGUGCUCACACGGGCAGGUCUCCCCAGCAUCCUCACAAUCGCUGGGCGGGAGAUGUUGUGAGAAUCUCAGAUGACCGUCUUCCCAAAAGAAUUUUCUAUGGUGAGCUUGAACAAGGAAAGCGGUCUGCUGGCGGACAGAAAAAACGCUUUAAAGACAACAUAAAAGCCUCACUGAAAGCGUUCAACAUAAACCCAGACACGUGGGAGGAACAAGCAAAGGAUCGAACUUCGUGGCGUUCCCCUUUGCACAGGAGCACCAUACAACAUGAAGUUGGCAGAAUAGCGGCUGCAGAGCGCAAGAGAUAUGCCAGGAAGGCCUGGUCUGACUCUGCUCCUGGAGAUGCGCCAUCAUUCCCCAGCACCUACUGUACAAGAGAAUUUCGUGCCAGAAUCGGCCUCAUUAGCCAUCUGCGCACCCACAGACAGAACUAGCACAAACUAUGAUGAUUAAAGUGGUCAUGGUUGACCCCCGACUGAUGAACAACAACAAAAAUCAUGGAGGCACAAUGUUAUAAUGAUAGUACAGUGGUCCCUCAUUUAUCAUGGAGCCACAAUGUUAUAAAUGAUAGUACAGUGGUCCCUCAUCUAUCAUGGAGGCACAAUUUUAUAAAUGAUAGUACAGUGGUCCCUCAUCUAUCAUGGAGGCACAUUGUUAUAAAUGAUUGUACCGUGGUCCCUCAUCUAUCAUGGAGGCAUAAUGUUAUAAAUGAUAGUACAGUGGUCCCUCAUCUAUCAUGGAGGCACAAUGUUAUAAAUGAUAGUACAGUUGUCCCUCAUCUAUUGUGGAGACACAAUGUUAUAAAUGAUAGUCCAGUGGUCCCUCAUCUAUCAUGGAGGCACAUUGUUAUAAAUGAUAGUACAGUAUUUCAUUUGGUAUCCGUAUGUUACUUGUCCAGUAAAUUUUGUACUAUCUGUUGGAUUUCAUUUGGUAUCGAUUUGUUUCUUGUCCAGUAUAUCUUAAAACAUUUGUAAACAAAUAUUCCUCUUAGAUCCCUGCUAAAAAUAACAUGUUAGACCCUUAUGAGUUAUUAAACAGGUUUAAAACACUAAAAUUACCCUGUUUGUCAGACCAGACAGUCUGUCUAUACUCUCAUUGAUGCAUUCACUCUGUACUUAUUUGGUCUGGUCCACUUGCACAGCAAUGUUCUUUUGAUACUCUUAAAUGAGAUCUUCAAGUAUGGUGAACGUAUCACUACUAUACUAUAUGAUAUAUUUUCCUUGACAGUAAAGAAACCCAGAUGGAUUAAGUUUUGUUUAAUUUAUUAGAUGACAAAAUUUUCAGCGCUUUCUCAAGUGGAGUAUUAAAAUCUGCAUUACUUUUCAACAUGUUCCUUAACUUAAGUGUUUAUGGAUUAGUCCAGUGGUCGUCGAAUUGCGGCUCGAGCCGCAUGUGGCUCUUUAACACCUGAAUGUGGCUCGGCCACAAAAACGGUUUAUGACUCCGAAAAACAUGGUCUUGACAGGUUCUUGAAAAGAAAUUUGGCUCUCAAAAAUAUUUUAAUCGUCCUGCUGCUGAUUUUUGGCUCUUUUGACUAUUGAGUUUGCCGACCACUGGACUAGUCAAUGUUCACAUGGAUUAUUGAAGCCUACAUUUCGUGUCAACACAUUCCUUAACUUAAGUGUCAUUUAACUUAGAAUUAAAUCAAAACCACCAAUCUCUAGAAUAGAAAUAAAUAAAUGCCUCAUAAAUGCCAUUAGGCUUACUGUCCAGAAAAUAAUUCAUUACAUAAAUGUUAAGAACAUGACAUAAUUUCUGAAAAACAUUAAAAAUGUAAUAAUUCAAUUUUCUAAAUGAUUUAAUUCACUGGUAAAACACAGUUAAUUAAUUUCUCAUCAUUUGAAAAUGAAGAAUCUAAGAAUGAUUGUUGAUUUAAAGUUUGAGUUUACUUUCAUAUGUUGAAUGAAUUAUUUUCUAAUGAACAUUCCAUCUCAUCAAUAUUUAUCUUAAUGAUAUCAAUCUAUAUAUUUUAUGUGAUACGGUGAAGCAUAUCUUGUAUUUAUGUAUGGUCAUACCCUGUGGAAUGUCAGCUUGACUUCUAGUUCUUUGAUUUGAAAUUUAGCUGUAAAACACCUCCUUAACUGCCAAAUACUAAGUAGUCUGUUAUUGUGGGCAGACAUUAUGGAGCUUGUAUAAUUCGAGUAUCAUAAAUGAUUAUCAACUUAAAUGACUAGUGCUUGCUUAUUGGGUGCACAGCACAUGAUGGCUUAAAAAGGAGUUGUUAGGUAUUUAUUGACCUACUUAAGAAAUAUGACCUAUCUUAUUUUAAAUUGCUCUAAAAUCCCUUGAAGCUGAUGCAACUUCUGGGUAUGACUUUACAUCUUCCAUUAUUCUAUUUAUUGUACAAUCAUACAAAUAGUUUUAGUUCAUUAGUUGCUUAUUUAUUGAUUAAUAUUUUAUUGCUUAAAUUCAUGAUGCUCUUUUAUAUUUAUCCUAUAUAGUUAACUUGUAUACUUUAAAAAAAAAAUAGUGACAUGCAAUUAAAUGUUACACCAGAGCUUUUAAAUGUAUAACGAAAAGUAUUAAAAACGAAAUAAAAUGAUUUAAAUUAUUAACUUUGAACUGAUGGCUAAUCCAUGUUUCCCCCCUCAUUUUUAGUGCUGCACAGUUCUUGAAAGUCAUGGCAGACCAACAGGCAAUGCAAGAUUCUCAGAAUUUAUCCAUGAACCUGGCGACACAAAACAAGAUUAGGGAUACAUUAAAAUCUCGUCUGGCUGAAAUUCAAGUAAGAAAACUGAACCAUUUUAAAAAACACAACAUUCAGUAUUUUUCCAAUGUUAAAAAAACUUACUAGUUAUUUGUCACAAAACUAUUUUUAUGAGUCAGUGGAACAACCUAAUUCUUUUGUGAUCAGAUAAGUGCUCAAAAAUGUUUAAAUUAUAAAUCUGAAUAAGAAAUUUUUUCAAAUUAGAAGAAAGUUUUUGCACCUUUUAUUGCCACCAUUUUAAAAUUUAAAACCUUUUGUUAUUGUAAUGGUACUAGUACAUAGAGUAAGAAGGACAAAUAUGUUUGCCUUGAAAAGAAAAGACAGGACCAUUAGUAAGAAGGGCUCUAUUAUUAAUAAAAGAAGAAAACUGUUAUUUUUUUCCUCCCUUAUCCAAAGGGUUACGAUGAGCUGUUGGCAGAUAUUGUAAACAUUUGUCUGGUGAUGUAUGAGAAAGACAUGUACCUGGAACCAACAGAGAAACACAUGUUAGUUAAGGUCAGUCUUCAAACAGGAUUUGGCAAUAAAAAGAUUGUGUUCAAUAACUAUGAUUAAGACAUUAUUGAAAACUAAUUUUUAUAAACUAAGUAGCAAGCUUUACUCUCUUCAACACCAUGUAGGUACUUUGAUAAGUCAAUCAUACAUCUAAUCAGCGCAUGUUGAAAAAUGGCGUAAUUUGUUGUGGCGCACUUUUGAAAGGGAUUUUUGGUGGCCUCCAUUAAUUUCUCUUUUUGUCUCUACGGUUUGUAAUGGAUUUCGUCAUCAUUGACUUAAAGUAGAUUCUCUUCUGAACAUGCCAAUGUAAAUACAGAAAUGAGGCGGUUAGUUUUACGCUACGGUGACAAAGGGAACAUGAUUUUAAGCUUUAAUUUUUCAAAUACUAUUUUAUAAGAAAUGUGCAUGGUUACGGAUCCACGACCCAUAUGCAUUAUAUUUUAUCCAUUUUAAAAACUAUCUAGUUGUACUAAAGUUUAUAAUUCUUCCCCAAGAAUCAAUCUUAAAGCCGAAAAUGGUUCACUGGAAAUUGAUAAUAGAAAGUCUGCCAUUUUUUUAAUAGGCAUGCCAGAAAUGGCUCUUGCACAUUUUCAAUAUCAAUUAUAUUAUUUAAAAGAUACUUUUAAUAGCUUCACCAUCUUUACAAAUCUUAAUAAAAAGUUGUCAUUUUUAUCAUUACCAUAUGAAUGAAUAAGCUUAAAAUUGUGUACAGGUAGAAAAUAUUAUUUAAAUAUGACAGUUAAAAAUAUUUCCAUUAAAAUUGCUUCCACAAUAGAAAAAGAUUAUUGAAUAUUUUUGGUUUGGACAUCUUUGUUUUACAAACAGAUUUAACUAGUAAUUAUGAAAAAAAAAAAAAAGGAAAUAAAUACCGAGUUUUAGGUUAUAGGUUUAUAAAACUAAUUAUAGCUAAUUAUAGCAAUAUAAGACUCUUGUUACCUCACUGGGGUCAUAGGCCUACUAUUUAAAAAAUAGUUCUUAUAUUCCUUCCUAUAUUUUAUAUAUAAUUUAGGCCUAAUACUUUUAGUAAUAAUAAUAAUAAUAAAAAGAGGUCUUAUAUAGCGCGGUACCCCAGCCUAGGGCUGGGCUCACCGCGCUGUACAUAAAAUUUUUUAUCAAAUAUCAGGCCUAAUUUAUGUUAGUACCGUAUUUUUAAUUUUAAUAAUGUAUUUAAUUAUAACAUUCAAUUAAUUGUCUAAGUUAAUGUAAUUUUUAUAAUACUUACUGCAUGUUUUACUUUCAGACUUAUAUUAAUUACAAUGUAAAUUUUUGAAAAUAUUCAAUUUUAUUUUUUAUUUACCUUCCACACGUGUCCUCAAAGAAUAGUUACAAGCACAAUAAUCCAUUUAAUUACACAAAAUAUUAUGCUAUUUUACUCAAGCAUCCUAAAAAGAAUCAUUCCAAUCAUUGGCAUAGGCAGGGGGAGGGAGGUGUCCACAACCAACCCCACUAGCCAUAUGAUCACACACACACACUCUUAUUGUGAAUUUUGGUUUAAUUUUUUGAGGUAGAUUUUUCACAUUUUGAAAUAAUAAUUUCAUACAUUCAAUCUUAAAAAGAAUAUACAUCGACUACGGUAACCAAUAUUAGCAUUCGUUUUAAAAAAAAAAAUGUUAUUACAGUGAAGCCAUAUUAUUACUUUUUAUUUUGUUUAUAUUGAAACUUAAGGAAAAAAGUGAUUUCUACAUGACAACAGUUUAAACAAAACUAAAUUGAAGUCAAGGAGUUAUGAUAGAAAAUAUUUAGUUUGCACCUUCUUGUUUGCCAAAAAUUAAUAACAUUAAAUUAAACUUCAUACAGCAUUGCAACAGUUUCUAUAGCUAUCAGUUCUUGUAGCCCAUUGAUUUAUCUAUCAUCUGUGCCAUUCCUUUUUAGGUUAUGGCCUUUGGUCUUUUCAUGAUGGACUUGGAAAAAGGACCAAACAUCUACCGCAUGAAUGAUAGAAAGAGAAUAAAUCUUGCAAGAAUAGACAAGAUUCUUAAGGUUGGAAGAUCCAUUUAGUUAAAUCCUGUAUGUAAACUUUGAGAAAUUUUCAUUAUAAUUUUAUAUAAAUGUCUACUGAAUUAAGUAUCAGUCAAAGAAUAUUUAUAUUUUAAACCAUUUUCUGUUGAUCUGCUCACUUCAGCAACUGGAGAUGGUCCCCCUCUAUGGAGACAUGAUGAUUGCACCUUACAACUACAUUAAAAAUGGACCAAAUUUCGACCCUUCAAAAUGGCCAGCAUGCGAGUCCAGCCAUUUGAGCACACAGUCCAAUCUGCUGGGCAGCCUGGAGAUGAUCAGAGAGAAGCACAUGCAGUACAUCAGUCAGCUGGCACGGCACAACAACGAGGUGACUCACAAUGUUUCCUUGUUUUACUUGAUUAGAUGUGAUGAUACAAGGUUUCUUGAGGAGGUCUGGGUCAUAGCACUCUUUUUUUGCAGUAUACAAAUUUGGCUCACUAACGCCAAGUUUAGUUUGAAUGUAAUAUUCUGUCAAUUAAAAUAAAUUGAAAUAAAUCACACAAUAACUGUUUUUAGAAAAAUCUUUUUUCAUUUUUAAUUAUUAAAAUAAUUUAAUCCAAAAGAUAUAUAGGCUUUUGUCAUUUUCUUUAUAAAAAGAAAAAACAACUGUUUCAUUAAAAACUUUAAAAAAAAAUGUAUUUGUUUCUUUCAUUUAAUUUUAAUACAAAUAAUGUACAUAAUUUUUUUGUUUAUUCCAUAUCCUGUGUAUUAAAGCCCCGGUGAAAUCUAUCUUUCAGGCAACCACAACUAUGAGGGAGACCCCAAGGAGUGACACAGAAAACAAAGAGCUGACGGAGCUGGCACUGAAAGGGUUAACGUUGUUGUCUAAAUGGACGCAGCAGGUCAUGGAACUGGUCAGUCGUGUUCUGGAAUUAGUUUGGUUAUACUGAGCUAUUCAAAAGAAAAUUAUUAUCGUUUGAUAUAAACUUUUUUUCUAACAUUACAAAAACUAUUUAUCUUUGAUUGUCCCUAGUUCUAACAUUACAAAAACUAUUUAUCUUUCAUUGUCCGUAGUAUUCCUGGAAACUGAUGAAUCCUACUGAUCCACACAGCAACAAAGACUGCCCCGAAACAGCAGAAGAGUACGAGAGGGUGAGCAUCACAAGGUCUUCUUUAAGAGUUGCUGUAUUUUAACACAAGCUGCUUGCUUUACUCUCGUAUCCAAAAUGUAUGUGCUGUCCACAGCUUUCUUUAAAUAGCUCAUAAUACAUUAUUAACAUGAAAAUAUUAUGCUGAUUAAAUAUAUAUUUUAUACUCUAGAUUCAUGUGCUCAGCUGUCAUCUAAUAUUUAAAAUAUCAAUCUCAAGCACUUUAUGAUUACAUAGUAUAAAAAAAAAAACCUUCUAUCAAAGCCUUUUCCCCCUGAUUGAAAGGUGAAACACAAGGUUAUAAUACAAUAGACUCAACUAUUUCAAGAUGAAUUGAGGCCAAUUCAUAUCAGUAAUCUGUAAUAACAGAUAUUAUCAUUAACUACAUCUGAAUUGCUAAUAAAAUCAUCAGGAGUCCCACUGUUUAAAAAAAAAGUCGCUAAGCCAUUUUCAUUUAAAAAUUUUGGUUUAUCUAUUUAGUAAUGAACUAAACAUGAUAGAAUAUGUUCACAGCAUAAGAGAAAGUAGUUAUGAAUUUUUCUUGCUAUUUUAUAUAGAUGUCGAUCCUUGUUGUGUCGAUAUAACUUGUUAGGAACAUAGCUUGGUUCAAUAAUUAAUACUAUGAUACAUACCGAUAGGAAUGUAGCUUGGUUGAAUAAUUAAUUCUGUGUUACAUACCGUUAGGAAUGUAGCUUGGUUAAAUAAUGAAUUCUGUGUUACAUACCGAUAGGAAUGUAGCUUGGUUGAAUAAUUAAUUCUGUGUUACAUACCGUUAGGAAUGCAGGUUUGUUGAAUAAUUAAUUCUGUGUUACAUAAAGAUAGGAAUGUAGCUUGGUUGAAUAAUUAAUACUAUUGUAACGGACUAUGUUUUCACAUGUAAACAGAGAGGUAGCAUGACUGGACAGUGAGUGUGUUCACCAGGUUUUUCCACGGGGAGAGACAAUCAAUGUGGAUUGUAUUUUUGAGAACAAAUGUGAACUCCACGUUUUUGGAGAGUAAAAUUAUGUUUUGUCAGAGCGGUCGUUUUGCACGCUUUGCUGGUAAUAAUGUAUGAGUUGACUGAGAUAGUAGAGAGCUGAGCGCAGAGCAGUAGAGUCAGUCAUUAGCGUGAGAGCUGUGAGAUUAGACAGUUGAGCUGAGUUAUAGUAGUCUGAGGACGUGUCUUUCUUAAUGAUGGAAUACUAUAGAUAUAUAUGUUGCCUGAAUAAUAAGUGAAAGAAUGAAGAAGACUGAGUCGGCAUCCUGAAGCGUUAAUAUAAGUAACCAUACUACUGACAUAACCCACAGCAUAAGAAAUAACAUCCCACGCCAUGUCAGAGUAGAAGUGUGUUACAACUAUGAUACAUGCCGAUGGGAAUGUAGCUUGGUUAAAUAAUAAAUUUUGUGUUACGUAACCAUAGGAAUGUAGCUUGGUUGAAUAAAAUUAGUACUAUGUUACAUACUGGUACAAAGUUUACUUUGGGUUAGUGGUGAUGGUGGUGGUGGUUUUUUUUUUGGGGGGUGGGGGGUAUAAGAUUUUCCUGUUAUAAAUGUACUUUGCUGGGUCAAGUAGUUCAUUACGGGUCAAGUAGUCUAUUACAAUUCUAAAGCUAUUCAGAGAAACACUGUUUUUUUAUGUCUUCGAUUUACAAAUAGGCGUGACUACAUUUGCCUGAUUGGAUACAUGUUUUUUUCACUAGGCAACACGCUACAACUACAGUCGUGAUGAGAAGUUUGCACUCAUUGAGGUCAUAGCCAUGAUCAAAGGGCUGCAACUUUUGAUGGCACGCAUGGAAACAAUAUUUAUGGAUGCCAUCAGACAUCAUAUUUAUGCUGAGCUCCAAGAGUUUGUUCAGCACUUUCUGAGGGAACCACUCCGGAGGGCAACGAAGAAGAAGAGUGAUAUCAUUAGAGUGUGAGAAAAACAUCAAUGAAGCAUCAUAAUGUGCUAAUAGUGCAACAUUUAAGUCAUGUUUUCUCUACUUGGGUGUGAGGGGAGGUGGCAUUUUAGGGGGGGCUGCGAAGAAAUUUAAGACAUGGUUCCUCAACCCUGGGGCGGCGGGGUGUGCAUUUCAGGGGGUUGCGAGGAAACAUGAUUAUUAAAAACAAGAAGCCAUUGACUUAUAAAUGUUAAACUUUGAAUUUCUUCAUUAAUAUUUUAUAUAGUAACUUACAAGUUAAUUAUAGAAUUUCUUAAUUUUCUCUUAGAAAUUAAAUAAAAAUUUUCUUUAAUUUUUAAAUUACAAUGUUACUUUUGUAAAGGAGGAAAGGGGGGGGGGGGCGGGCUUAGCAAAACAAGUUGUAAAGAGGUGUGAGACUUGCUCAAAUAAUUUUUAAAGAGGAGUCAGUCAUUGUCAAAUAAUUUGUAUAGGGCUGUGAGACUUGGUCAAAUCUUCAUAGGAUGUGCAGAAUAUAGAAAAGGAUUGGAAACCCUUAUUUAAGAGGUAUAAUUUCCAAUGCCUAUGGUAACAAAACUGAUCACGUCAAUAUGCUUUUUUGAAAUAUUAAAUAAUUUGAAGGUGGCACCAUCUAAAAAAUGAAUGUGUUCUCAAAACUAUCUUUUCUAGUAUUCUUGUAAAUAAAUAGCACUUCCUUCCCUUUGAUUUGAAACAUGUGAACAUACAGUCUGUACAGUAGCAUACUUUAAACAAUUAUCAGGGCCGGAUUGAACAUUUUAAAUAAUGAGCGCAAUAUAGCAUAGGACUUAAGGGAGUAGGACAUCAAGGAGUUAGGACAUCAGAAUGUAGGACAGCAAUGUUUAGGACAUCGCAGAGAAGGACAUCAUGGUGUAGGAGAUCAAGUUAUAGAAUAUCAAGUUGUAGGAUAUCAAGGAGUAGGACAUUGAGGAGAAGGACAUCAGCAUGUAGGACAUCUAAGAGUAGGACAUGAAGGAGGCAGCUCAGAAAGCUGACUUUGCUGGAUUGAGCACAGAUGUAAAGUAGAAGUAUAAAAGCAAUCACACACAUAUAUUAACUUCAGUCUAAUUGCUAGUUUUAAAUUACAAAGUUGUACUGUGUUACUUUUUUAUACAUGGGUACCAAAAUGAUGUAGGACUUAAGAUUGUCUUAAGUGAGCCCAAGCACUAUUUGACGUCUGCAUAUAAAUGUUAUGGUAUCUUUAAUUUUUCAUGAGACUACUUUAUUAAAUCUACUGCCCUGUUGUGGUUACCCAUUGCAAUCUGCCUUACAGCAUCAUCAUGUCAGUUAGAGACACCUGUGUUGAUUGGUUGAGAGGCACGGAGCCGACAGAUGACCCUGCCCUCAGUGGAAAGAAAGAUCCACAAGAUGGCUUCAUGAUCAAGGUUCCUCGGAGAAAUGUUGGGCCAUCAUCGACACAAGUAAGAAACAGCUGUACAUUCAUACAUUUGUUGGCUGUAAAUGUACGCUUCUUUUGUUAGCUGUAAGAUAGACUACCCGUUUAACACUGUUAUGUAGAAGGUUCUGAUAAAUUACCUGUUUAAUAGUGCUAUGUUGAACAAGCUGAUAGACUAUAUUUUCAAUAAUAAUUUUAUGAGUUGAAGAGAAAUUUAACAAAAUUUAAAGUACCUUUGAACAUUCUUGAAGAGAAAAUAAUUAAUCACUCCAAAUUAAAACUGAUAGAAAAUAAAGUGUAUCUUUAUUAAAAAAAAAAAAAAAAGAAAAAAAAAAAAAUAAAAAAACAUUUAAAAAAUCAUAAAAAAAAAAAAAAUAAAAACACCAAAUAAAAAAUAAAAAAAAAAAAAAUGUAUAUUUAAUAAAAAAAAAAAAAAAAGGUAAAAAAAAGAAAGAUUACAAAUGAUUGUAAUAUUGAGCAUCUGCUUAUUUUAGAAAGUUCAAUCUUUUACUCUUUAAUUAAGAAAGUUUAUGUUAGAAAAUGCUGAGGGUUUAUGACAAUUAUCUAUUUAAAUAUAGUUGUUAUGGUGCCUGCUGUUAUCUCUCUGUUCUAGUUAUACAUGGUGCGUACUAUGCUGGAGUCCCUGACAGAUGAGAGAAGUGGUGGCAAGAAAAGCAUGCGGAAAGAAAUGGAUGAGCAGCAUGUGGCAAUCAUUGAGGAGUUCCAUAGAAAGUCUUUCUUCUGGAACUAUCUGCUCAACUUCAAUGGUGGGUCAUACAUUAUAUUGCUCUAAAGAAUAUUUCUGAUUACAGAGAUCUUCUUUGUUUCUUCUUGUGCUGAAAAGUCUAUUUAAAAAAUAAAUCUUCCUUAUUCAUCUUUUCCAAGUUAAAAAUCAAUAGAGAAAAAAUGAAUCCAAUUUUAUGUCAUUGAGCAAAAUGUGGAUUAUCUAUGUAGGAGUGUAAUGAUAACACAAGUGAUAUAUUUUGUAGAUUAUUUAUUUAGGAGUGUAAUGAUAACACAAGUGAUAUAUUUUAUAGAUUAUUUAUUUAGGAGUGUAAUGAUAACACAAGUGAUAUAUUUUUGUAGAUUAUUAGUGUAAUGAUAAAACUAGUGAUAAAUUUUGUAGAUUAUUUAUUUAGUAGUGUAAUGAUAACACAAGUGAUAUAUUUUGUAGAUUAUUUAUUUAGGAGUGUAAUGAUAACACAAGUGAUAUAUUUUAUAGAUUAUUUAUUUAGGAGUGUAAUGAUAACACAAGUGAUAUAUUUUUGUAGAUUAUUUAUUUAGGAGUGUAAUGAUAAAACUAUUGAUAAAUUUUGUAGAUUAUUUAUUUAGGAGUGUAAUGAUAACACAAGUGAUAUUUUUUGUAGAUUAUUUAUUUAGGAGUGUAAUGAAAACGCAAGUGAUAUAUUUAUUUAGAUUAUUUAUUUAAGAGUGUUAUGAUAACACAAGUGAUAUAUUUAUUUAGAUUAUUUAUUUAGGAGUGUUAUGAUAACACAAGUGAUAUAUUUAUUUAGAUUAUUUAUUUAGGAGUGUUAUGAUAACACAAGUGAUAUAUUUUGUCAUGUUACCUUUUUCAUUACACUGGCUUAAUAAUUUUGUUUAUAAUAAUACAUAGUUGAAUGUUGUUAACCUCCAUUAAAAUAUUAUUAUUGAAGAAUUUGUACAGAUGGCUGAGUUAUCAUCUAUGAUUUAUAUUUUUGUCAUAAUUUAUAUUAUUGUGAUGCUAUACCUUGUAAUCUAGACACUAUACAAAUGAUUAUACCAAUGACAUAUUUUAUUGUUUACAGCAUCCCUGUUUAACUGCUGUGACCUCUCACAACUUUGGUACAGAGAAUUUUUCUUGGAACUAACAAUGGGAAAAAGAAUUCAGGUUUGUACAGAAAGGCUGUUUAUUUUUAAUGUUCCCUACUUGUUUGCCGGAAAGGCUUUUGGCCGACACAUUAAUUAUUUUUUUGUGUGUAACACUUCAAGCUUUUUUUCUAUUUUUUAGUUCCCUAUCGAGAUGUCCAUGCCGUGGAUACUAACAGAUCACAUCCUUGAGACCAAGGAACCGUCCAUGAUGGAGUAAGAGAGUUUUCUUAUAUAUAAUCUUCCUUGAAACUAUGUCAAGCAUUAUUUUAUUUUUUAAUGAAAAGAAAUCUGUCUCAAAGACAUGAGGCAGAUGGGACAUUUUCUUAACCCAUUUUUAUUGGCCAAGCAACUAUAGAAAUAAUAUUAAGAAACUAUUAAAUUCUUGGUAAUUUAACUCUCUUUUGGGUCAGUUGGGCAUAGAGCUGAAUGGAAGCUGGUUUAGUCUCCUGCUGGUCAAUGGUGUGUUUAUGUUGGCUUAAUUAUUUAGCUCCCAUUUAGCCUGUUAUACAGAGUGAGACAGAGUCUUUGGUGUGGUCUAACUCAUGCUCUUGAAUUGACAGGUACAUCUUGUAUCCCUUGGACCUGUACAAUGACAGUGCCCAGUAUGCUCUCAUGAGGUUCAGGAAACAGUUUCUUUACGAUGAGGUGGAGGCUGAGGUCAGUGCUUGAGAAUCCUCAAAUUUUAAAGUAUUUCUUUUGUUUGAUUCACUCUGUGGGAAUAUAGUGGCCAAUAAAAAAACUAUUUUGAGGUUAAAAAAAUAACUGGAUUUAGAGUUCCUGGUUGCAUGAGAAGGUGUCAAACUCACCUAAGACACACUCCCCCCCCACCCCCCGAAAUCAAUAUGUUAGCUAUUUAUUUCUUAGCAAAAAUAAAAACAAAUCAGGAGCGCCUUUCCCAUGGAUUCCUGCAGGACUUGAGCUCUGAUUGUAAGAACUGGUUUGUCAGAGUUUUCAAUUAUUGUCUUUAAAUAAUAAUUAUUUGCUUUGAGACACAGUAGUUCAAUGAAUUGACGGUAAUUAGAGUUAGAGGUUAAAUAUAGAAUGAGUAUCUAUCAGCUUUACAUUUAUUGGUUUAAAAAUAAUAAGCACUUUAAAAAAAAAAAAAGAAUUAAUAAAAAUUAAUAUAUUUUAAAUUCUUUUCUUGAAGUAAAAUUCCAAAAUUAAACAUUUCUAAUUUUAUUUAUGUUUUUAGGUGAAUCUGUGUUUUGACCAGUUUGUUUACAAACUCAGUGACCAAAUAUUUGCAUACUACAAACACCUGGCUGGAAGGUAAAACAAAUUGCAUUAUUAGAACUUUCCUGUCUUAGAUGUUCAUGUUAAACUUUUAGAGUGGUACGUAGUUGACACCCUGUGAAAGUAAUGCUCUGUAAAUAUUCAAUAAAAUGGCUUGAAUUGAGUCAAGUUCUUUUAUCUCCAGUAUUAUGCUAGACAAGCGGUUUAGAGCUGAAUGCAUGAGUAAUGGCGAAAAGAUCAACUACCCAGUGGCCAACAGAUAUCAGACUCUACUCAAGCAAAGACAUGUGCAGGUGAGUUGUGCGUCUGUGUGUGAUUAACUGUUUAUGUACAGGGGAGUCAUGUGGCUGUAUGUGAUUAACUCUGUUUAUGUGCAGGUGAGUCGAGUGGCUCUGUGUGAUUAAUUCUGUUUAUGUACAGGUGACUCAUGUGGCUGAAUGUGAUUAACUCUGUUCAUGUGCAGUGGAAAAUCUAGAAAAUACAUGACAUAGGGUAAAGCAUCAUUAUAUGGCCACAGGAUUGUUAUUUACAUUCUUCUGAUUGUUACUUUGAUGCAUGUAAUUCUGAAGUUGAAAUUCUGAAUGUAUUACUUCAUGCUAAAGCGACAACAGUUGAUGCUUAAGUGUUGAUUGACUGCACACAAAAUAGAGAUAAAACAUAAUUCUUUUGAACACUUAACAUCAUUCAAUUAUAGCAUUGUUUCUAUGAGAUACUUACGAGGCUGUCUUCAAGAUUCAACUCAACAGUAUUCAUAUUUUUGCUUUUGUUUACUGAUUAAGUUUUUUAUAUGACCAAGAAUUAAAUUUGUUCUGAUUCUAAUUUCUACAGUUGCUUGGCCGCUCAAUAGACCUGAACAAACUCAUCAGUCAGCUGGUUAACUCUGCACUUCAGAAAGCCUUGGAUGUUGCAAUUUCUCGAUUUGAAGGAGGAGAUAUAACAGGAAUCAUUGUAAGGAGCUUUAGACUUAGGUUAAAACAACUGGAAUCAUUGUGAGGAUCUUUAGACUUAAAAACUUCAUGCCCUAGGAAAGGGUUUAUGUAAAACUAAAUUUUCAAUAACUUUAUUAAGCUCUGCCAGCAUAAGCUGUUUCCAUCAGUGCACCAUACUAUCCUAAUGUGUUUCCAUCAGUGCAGCAUACUAUCCUAAUGUGUUCCAUCAGUGCACCAUACUAUCCUAAUGUGUUUCCAUCAGUGCACCAUACUAUCGUAAUGUGUUUCAAUCAGUGCACCAUACUAUCCUAAUGUGUUUCCAUCAGUGCACCAUACUAUCCUAAUGUGUUUCCAUCAGUGCACCACACUAUUCUGAUGUGUUUCCAACAUUACAGCAGUAGGUAUAAGAUCUGAGAUAUCUUGGGGAAAACCUCACUAUGGGUAACAAAAAAUUAACAAAACAAGUAAAAUUUAUUUAACAAAGGAAGUUGUUAAAUAUGCAGCUUAAAAAAAAGUUAUUACUAUGUUUAUGUAACUAAUAAAGAUCAGGCUUGUAAUUAAUGUUCAUGUUCCCCAGGAGCUGGAAGGCUUGAUAGAGGUCAACAGACUAGCUCACAAACUCAUGGGGGAAUAUCUACUGCUCAAUGACUUUGAUGCCAUGUUGAAAGAGGCCAACCACAAUGUCAGCGCCCCCUAUGGGAGGAUAACUCUUCAUGUGUUUUGGGAGCUUAAUAUUGAUUUGUUGCCCAACUAUUGCUACAACGCAGCCACAAAUAGGUAAAAUUCCAUUCUUAAUAUCACAUAAUAGGUCAUCCAUUAGCUGGCCAACUAUUGCUACAAUGCUGCCACAAAGAGGUAAAAUUCCAUUCUUAAUAUCACAUAAUAGAUGAUCCAUUAGCUUAACAUUGUUUUGUUGCCAAACUAUUGCUACAAUGCUGCCACAAAUAGGUACAAGUACAAUGCCAUUCUUAAUAUUACAAAAUAGGUCAUCCAUUAGCAGAGAGAAUUAAUCAUUACCUCCACAACACCUGGGGGUAACUGGUUCUCCUUCUUGAAAAUAAAAAAGACUCAUUCCUAGAAUGUAACUACUAGACCAUUCUAAACUAUUUACAUUGAUGUCACUCAGCCUCUCUGUCACAUGCUGACACCAUCUGUUCCAUGCUGACACCAUCUGUCACAUGCUGUCACCCUCUGUCACAUGCUGACACCCUCUGUCACAUGCUGUCACCCUCUGUCACAUGCUGUCACCCUCUGUUACUGUGGGUGGCGAAUCACUGUUCCGGAUCUGUAUCUAUUUAGAACAUGGUUGUGUGGAUGUUUUGCCAUGUUUAUCCACUGGAAGAAUGGAUAAGUCCAUUAACCAGACAUUAGUGCAGCCUAGUAAAUUAAUACCUUUGCUGAAUCAGCAUGUUGAUUCACUGAAUAUGACAGCAUGUUGAUUCACUGAAUAUGACAGCAUGUUGAUUCACUGAAUAUGACAGCAUGUUGGUUCACUGAAAAUGACAGCGUGUUGAUUCACUGAAUAUGACAGCGUGUUGAUUCACUGUUUAUGACAGCGUGUUGAUUCACUAAAUUUCACACAUUAGACAAUUAAUAACCCCAGAACUUUAAUAAACCAGCUUUGUUUAUAAAUCUUUUGUCUAGAUUCGUCAAGACAAGAUUGCCAUUUGAAAAAGAGACCAAGAGAGAGAAGCCACCAAACCCGUCUGUGCAUUACGUGUGGGGGACAAAGGUCAAUAUUUAUAUAGCAUUUAGAAACUACAGACCAGAGUAUCAACAAAUGUGCUUUUAAUCAUAAAUCUUAUCCAAUUUAAACAGUUUUUUUUUUAUUUUGUCUUUAUGGUAACAGCAUUAUUGUAAGUUCAAUAAGAUGCCACUACCUUAAAUUGAAUGUAACAAGAGAAAAAUUGUUUCUUUUUUAUUUAUCCAAAAAAAUUUAACAAGUAAAUUAUUUGAACAAUUUUUCAGAGGUUGAAUCACUCGUUCAGCACGAUCUACAGCCUUUAUACAGGAUUUAUAGGAGCGCCCCACUUUAGGGCCAUUUGUAGACUCCUUGGAUACCAAGGGAUUGCUGUAGUCAUUGAGGAAUUACUCAAAACUGUGGAGAACUUUGUAAGUCAACAUCUCAACAUUUUAAUUGUGUUAUGGCAAGUAUUGUGCCGGAAAGACCCUUUUUUAUGGUAACUUGCGAGAAUUUAAUUAAUUCAUUUAAUAUACUUUUUAAAAAUAAAAGAUGAUAUCUCUAUCCAAAUCUCUAUCAUUUUUAAGUAUUUUUGUGUUCACAUUAAAAUGCUUGCUUUUGAUCUCAGCUGACUGGAACCACCAUAGAAUACGUAGCAACGUUAAUGAGGGUGAUGCCAGAAAACUGCAAACUUUUGAGAUUUGAUUACGGCUCUCCAGGUCAGUUACUUAGUUAAUCAUGGCCCUCCCGGUCUGUCUACUUUGUUAAUCAUAAACAACAUUUGAAACUUUUUGGUUUUGCUUAGCUUGUCAAGUAUUUCCUUGGUAUCUUUUCUGUUUACAAAUAUAAUACAGGGAACUUAAGUUAGAUAGAAUCUUAUCAGCUCUAGACUUUAUAAUUACUUCUAGAUGUACCGUAAUGGGCUUAUGAUUGCUUCUAGGUGUAAUGGGCUAUUACCAAGUACAACUGGGAGAUCUUAUACAGUACCCUGAUCUGAGGACAGAAGUUUACCAGAGUUUUCGAGAGAUCGGCAAUGCUGUGUUGUUCUGUCUGCUGGUUGAACAAGCUUUGGUGUGUGAGCACUUAGAACAAAACACAUUUAGAACAAAGCACAUUUAGAACAAAGCACAUUUAGAACGAAAUACACUCAGAACGAAACAUACUUAGAACAAAAGACACUUAGAACAAAACACACUUAGAGCAAAACACACUCAGAACGAAACACUUAGAACAAAACACACUUAGAACAAAACACACUUAGAACAAAACACACAACAAAACACACUUAGAACAAAACACACAACUAAACACAAUCAGAAGGAAACACACUUAGAACAAAACACACUUAGAACAAAACACAGAACAAAACACACUUAGAACAAAACAUACUUAGAACAAAACACACUUAGAACAAAACACACAUAACAAAACACACAGAACAAAACACACUUAGAAUAAAACACACUUAGAACAAACACACUUAGAACAAAACACUUUGAACAAAACACACAACAAAACACGCUUAGAACAAAACACACAGAACAAAACACACUUAGAACAAAACACAGAACAAAACACACUUAGAACAAAACACACUUAGAACAAAACACACUUAGAACAAAACACACAGAACAAAGCACACUUAGAACAAAACACACUUAUAACAAAACACACUUGGAACAAAACACACAACAUAACACACUUAGAACAAAACACACUUAUAACAAAACACACUUAGAACAAAACACACAACAAAACACACUUAGAACAAAACACACAACUAAACACAAUCAGAAAGAAACACACUUAGAACAAAACACACUUAGAACAAAACACAGAACAAAACACACUUAGAACAAAACAUACUUAGAACAAAACACACAGAACAAAACACACAGAACAAAACACACUUAGAAUAAAACACACUUAGAACAAACACACUUAGAACAAAACACUUUGAACAAAACACUUUGAACAAAACACUCAGAACAAAACACACUUAGAACAAAACACACUUAGAACAAAACACACAGAACAAAGCACACUUAGAACAAAACACACUUAUAACAAAACACACUUGGAACAAAACACACAACAAAACACACUUAGAACAAAACACACUUAGAACAAAACACACAGAACAAAGCAUACUUAGAACAAAACACACUUAUAACAAAACACACUUGGAACAAAACACACAACAUAACACACUUAGAACAAAACACACUUAUAACAAAACACACUUGGAACAAAACACACAACAUAACACACUUACAACAUAACACACUUGGAACAAAACACACAACAUAACACACUUACAACAUAACACACUUGGAACAAAACACACAACAUAACACACUUACAACAUAACACACUUAGAACAAAACACACUUAGAACAAAACACACUUGGAACAAAACACACAACAUAACACACUUACAACAUAACACACUUGGAACAAAACACACAACAUAACACACUUAGAACAAAACACACUUAUAACAAAACACACUUGGAACAAAACACACAACAUAACACACUUACAACAUAACACACUUGGAACAAAACACACAACAAAACACACUUACAACAUAGCACACUUAGAACAAAACACACUUAUAACAAAACACACUUGGAACAAAACACACAACAAAACACACUUAGAACAAAACACACUUAGAACAAAACACACAGAACAAAGCAUACUUAGAACAAAACACACUUAUAACAAAACACACUUGGAACAAAACACACAACAUAACACACUUAGAACAAAACACACUUAUAACAAAACACACUUGGAACAAAACACACAACAUAACACACUUACAACAUAACACACUUGGAACAAAACACACAACAAAACACACUUACAACAUAACACACUUAGAACAAAACACACUUAUAACAAAACACACUUGGAACAAAACACACAACAUAACACACUUACAACAUAACACACUUGGAACAAAACACACAACAUAACACACUUACAACAUGACACACUUAGAACAAAACACACUUAUAACAAAACACACUUGGAACAAAACACACAACAUAACACACUUACAACAUAACACACUUGGAACAAAACACACAGAACAAAACACACUCAGCAAGAAACACACUUAGAUAUUCAAUCUUUCAAUACUUACCAACAGCAAGAAUUUUAAUGGAACUUAUAAUUGUAAUGUUAGCAAUAACAUAAUAUUUAUAAAUUUCAUGAAAGCAUCUUUUUGAUAUAUAAUAUAAUUCAGUCUUUUUGUUAUGAGAAUAAAAUGCCAUGUACCUUGUGAUAUAGUCAAUAGAUUUUUCUAUCUCACAGACUCAGGAAGAAGUGUACGAUCUGAAACAUGCAGCCCCAUUUCAGAACAUGAUACCCAAACCUUACAUUCCUCCUAAAGGUGGGCGACCAUUUGCUGGUGGUUUAAUGAAAUACCUUUUAUUUAAAAACGUAUAACAAUUACGACGACUUCAAAUAUUCUUACAGUCCUAAUAUGAAUGCAGAUGACAAGCAAUAAACAUUUUUGACCUUAGCACCUGACCAGGUUCAUUGUUUUCUGUAAGACCUGGAACCUGUUUUUCGAAUGUGUACUGAUUGAUCUGUUCUGUCGCCAGAGGGUAAGGACAGAGAGGCAGAAGCCAAGGCUGUCAUGAAGCAGCUGGAGAAGAAAUAUGCUGCACUCAAGGUCGUCCAUGUCAUUGAAAAGUUGGGGAACAAAACGGUGAGUGACUGAAAACCUGUCAGUGUUACUGUGAACCUGCCAUUGUUACUGUGAACCUGCCAGUGUUACUGUGAACCUGCCAGUGUUACUGUGAACCUGCCAGUGUUACUGUGAACCUUCCAGUGUUACUGUGAACCUGCCAGUGUUACUGGUAGAUGUGACAGAUUCAUUGUUUGUUGUGUUUAGGAUAUUGAAUGAAUGUGUUCCCGAUCAGUUAAGAUACUACAGGUGGACAUUUUUCUUAGAAAAAUGUUUUAAAUACUAGUUACUGAUACAAAAUAGCAGAGAAAGCAGAGUUAGCAGAUAUAGAAAUAGAAAGAUAUUAAAGGCCUUAAGCUUACAACUAAAUUUGGUACAAUUUUUUACUUAUUUGUUAUAAAAUGGUUGGCAGGCCUUUCCUAAAAUAAUAAUGAAUCUUGAUGUUAAACUAAUAUUGAUCUUUUCACCAGCAAGCACUCAUUGCCAGCGAUGGCGACCUUUUAACCAGAGAGAGGCUCUGCUGCGGUCUGUCUAUAUUUGAGAUUGUCCUGAAACGUAUCGAGUCAUUCCUCAAUAACCCUCUGUGGCACGGGGAUGCUCCGUCCAAUGGAGUUAUGAAUGUUGAUAAGUGCAAUGAGUUCCAUCGACUGUGGUCUGCCAUUCAGUUUGUCUACUGCAUUCCUGUUGGAGAAAAUGAGUUCACCGUAGAGUAAGUUAUGUCAGCUUUACAGUCUAUUCUCAGUUUACAAAGAUGCUACAGUAGCCUGUUUGUUUACAAGUUAAACUUUUUGUUUUUGAAUAUUUAAAAAAAAUGUUCCAGAUUAAUUCUGAAAGCUUAAUUUAACUGGUAACCGCAAAUUUUUUUCGCAUAGAUGCCAAUUUUUAAUCCCAUGCCAAGUUGUGGCUGAUAUUUUAUGAUUUUUGUGGUUGAGGUAUUUAACUCGGGCUUCGCCUCCCCCCCCAAGAAUAGCUGCCUAGUCUGAAUAGAAUAUACAUUCCCAUGGCUGCUUCACUUGGUUAACUAGUCUGUUGCACUCAUGGCUGGAAAAACCUAAUUCUUUAAAAAAAAUUUUUUUUUUGCAGGGAACUGUUUGGUGAGGGCUUAAAUUGGGCAGGGUGUGUUCUUAUCACCUUGUUAGGUCAGCAGAGGCGAUUUGAAGCACUUGACUUCUGCUACCAUUUACAUAAGGUCAAUCGUGUGGACAUGAAAGAUGAAAAUGUCAAAGGCAUUGUGAGUUCCUCAACAUGUUAUGAUACAUAUAUCACCCAUAUGAAUGAGCCAAUGGUUAUAUAACCAUUCUUGCUAAUGCUUCUCUAUAAAACUUGAUAAAUUAUGGAAAAAAUACAUUUCUAGAAUAACAAUAAUUUUAUUUUGAGUGUUAAGAAAUAAUUGGAUUCCAUCACAGAGAGACAAAUCCUCCCAUUGUAGUAUUUUUUAAAAAGAAAUUAGUUAAAAAAACAAAAGUUUUAAUCAUAUUUUAUUCUGAAUUAUAAAUUCAUUUUUGUUGAAGUCAUCAUUAAUGUAUUUAUGUUUUCUCAGCAUACUUUUAUUUAAAGCAUUUUUUCCCCCUUUCUUUCACAGCAACUCAAAAAAAUGGUUGACAGAAUCAGAAAGUUCCAGAUACUGAAUAACCAGAUCUUCUCUGUCCUAAAUAAAUACCUGCGUACAGGUGACAACGACAGCAUGCCCACCGAGCACGUCCGGUGUUUCCCACCACCCAUCCACCAGUCUCUUGCCACAGCCAUUUGAAGGUAUUGCCCUAACCUGAAUAAUCAACAUCCGUUAGCUGCUCAUUACCAGGACAAAUUCAUGGUUUAAAAGUUGUUACAGCAACAUGCAGUGCUUACAUAGUUGCUGACAGUGACAAACUUGUUUUGAUCUUUAUGUGACGCAGCCAGUCAGUUAACUAUGUCUAUUUAUAAAUUAUUAAAAAAAAUGUUUUUACAAUUUACUGCAUAAGACAUAAUUUAGGCUCGUGAAAAAAUUAUUGUUAAACUUGAAAUGUUUUUGUUAAGAAAUUUGUACUAGCCCGCCACCAUCUAUGAAAAUGGAAUGAAUACAAAAAUUUAAAAAAAAAAAAAAAAGACUUAUUUGAUCUGAAAGUUGUCAGAGGACUAAAGUGAGCUUAAAAUUGAUGAAUGUUUCCUUCUCAAUUGAAAAACAUUGAGAUCGAUUUUGAAUUUUAGGCUCGUGAAAAAAUUAUUGUUAAACUUGAAAUGUUUUUGUUAAGAAAUUUGUACUAGCCCGCCACCAUCUAUGAAAAUGGAAUGAAUACAAAAAUUUAAAAAAAAAAAAAAGACUUAUUUGAUCUGAAAGUUGUCAGAGGACUAAAGUGAGCUUAAAAUUGAUGAAUGUUUCCUUCUCAAUUGAAAAACAUUGAGAUCGAUUUUGAAGCAAAUUUUAGGGAUGUUAUUUAUAAAUAAAAAUGUGGACUGGAAACAGUUUUCCCACCCUCCUGCAGUAUCAUCAAGACAAUUGCAAGAAUUAUGAAUGAUUAGGGGACUGUACUCUUAAUGACUUUAUUAUGUUAUGUUUACAAAGGCAUAAGAGUUGCUCUGCUUUUAAUCUCAUGUUGAAUAAUGUCAUUAGUGCAUAGAAUUCAAAACAAUUUGCAAUAAAUGUAAUAAAUUAAUUCCUAUAAUCUCGCACACUGUUUUCUCCAUACUUUGUAUUUAUUUUUUAUGGCUUUUAAAUUGAACUUAUUUUGUUAACCUAAUAUCUAGGAUUUCAAUAUUAAAAUUAUUCACAUUGAUAAAUAUUUGUAAUUUGUUUUGUUCAAGAUCUGGAACCUUUCUCCCAUUUAAAUUUUUGUUUUUUUCUCUCUAUUGACAACUUGCAGAACACUACUUAUUUAAAGAGGAAUUGACACAAGCAUUAAAGUGUACAGAUUUAUGUAAAAUAUUCCUUGAGCAUUUUUUGUCUCCCAGUAAUGUUCUAACAAAUGUUUUUAGUCAAGAGAGAACAGAGGUGCAGUGUGGAAGAUGGACAAUAGUUGUCAUUCAGGUUAAAAAAAAAAAUGAAUUUCAAGAUGUGUUUUUGCUAUGAUUGAUAUUUAUUAUGUUAGGAAACUGAGUUGAAUAGUGACUUUAACGAGUUUAUACUUUAAAACAUGGUGUCCCUUUUGGAGAUGCUUGGCAUUAUGGAGAUGGAAGUGUCUGAUGUUGAUUUGGUCAUGUCGAGGCACAUUUAAAAUGAAACCAUUCAGAGCAGGGUAACAAUUUUAGUGUUAAAAAUUUGUUGGCAAAAUCUAAAACUAUACUUUAUGGUGUAUGAAAAAUGAGACUUACGUAAGGUUAGAUAGUAAAUAAACAAUUUCCUUGUGCCUGUCAUUAAAUGUGUGUGUGGGUCAUUCAAUGUCUGUGUGUGUGUGUGUGCAAUUCAAUUUGUGUGUGUGUGUGUAGUUCAAGCACACAAGAUGGAGCUAACAAUGCCAGAGAGUACAAUUUUAAUGCAUAAUUGAAGUUAGUAACUUGAGGACUUGACUACCAACAGUUGUGUUGUGUCAUUCCAGGGAAUCUAAGCCUUUAGACGGUCUUCAUUAUGAUUAAUUUCACAUUAACUUUUAAUUCAAGUGUAAAUAUGACAUCAUUAAGGAGUAACAAUAAAAAUCUCACAGACUCUUUUACAGCAGUCGUUAUCAAUAAACAGAUUGAGAAAUAUUGGAAAGACUUUGAGUAAAUAGGUUGUCUAAUUGUGUGCAGCGUUAAUAAAAACAACCAAUUUUAUAUGUGUGUGUAUGUAAAAAAUGAAAAGUAUGUUCCAUUUUCAUUCAAUUGUCCAAAAGUAUGUUUCAGGUUUUAGUUUUACUCAAAGCUUGAAAUUAUUUUGUGUUGUACCGGUAUGUAAUUGUGUGUGAUUGACUCUAGACAUCUAUCACUGAUUUAUGGAAAUGCCUUUUACAGUAUCAAUAACUGUCACACAAUAGUGGACUAAACUAAGUGGAAUCAGAAGUUUAUUAAUUAAUUAACGCCAAGGUUCUGGUACAGGGUUUUCUAAGUCAACCCCCAACUCAAUCUGGAGAAACCUACUAGACAACCUACUGUACAUUUCAGUGACAUCUGCUCAACAUCAAUUUUAAAGAAUCCCAAACUUCUAAACAAAUCUUUUAAUCCUGUCUAAUAUUUAAGUUAAUUUAACGGGGUUGAGGGGGGAGUGUGGUGUGUUAAGCCAUUCUGUGGUGUGUACACCAUUUGUUAAUGAUGAUCAUAGAAAACAUAUUGUGGGCCUCAGAUUCACUAACCAUGAAAAAUUCCUUUGUAUUUGCACACACUCUAGCGUUGAACUCUAUACUUGUAUUUAUAUGGUGGCUGGUUUUAAUGCCAACCACUUUUCUGUAUUCAAAUAUUUGUUACUAUUUGUAAUUUUGUGUCAUUUUUUACACUGCAUGCCUGAAAUAAAGGAACAGAGGAGC